AUGAGGGGUAAACUGCUGACUCAAGACAAGAUUUUGCAAUGGGGGAUAGAGCGAAGAAAGAAUAUGAACAUGAUGUGCUGCUUAUUAUGUUAUCAGAAUAAUGAUUCUCACAGCCAUUUGUUUUUUGAAUGCACAUUCUCGGCUCAAGUGUGGGUUUCGGUCAGACAAAAGGUUGGUAUGGAUUCUGUUCAUCCGAAGUGGACAGAUAUUGUAGAUUGGUUAAUGCCCCGGGCUCGGUCAAAGUCUGUUGCCAACUAUGCUGCUCGUCUUCUGGUUGCGGCUAGUGCUUAUAUUAUCUGGCAGGAGCGUAAUGCUAGAAUUUUCAUGAAUCAAUUGAGGCCCCCGGAAGUGAUAAGCGAAGUUAUUCUAAAUCCGGUUCGGUACAAGCUUAUGGGCGCGAAGCUGCGAAAGACUGCUAAUGUGCAAAGGGUCCUUGCGGAGUGGAAGAUUGGCGGCAACACUAUCAGCGAUGAUGGUGGCUAG